AUAUAAUACGUGGCCUCAGAUAAACGCCCGCCACGUCUAUAACGUGUCGCAUGUGCAAUACCGCUCGCCGGUUAUUUAUUAAACGUGUCGUAAACUGACGGCGAACCCGAAGGGGUAUUGCUUAGAAAUAUGCUGAAACGCAGCCGAAUCGUAUUGGCAUGGAACGUUUUACUGAUCGUUGCAUUAUACAUCUGUUCUUUCGCCACUGGUAACGUCAUCGAUCCAGAAUUAAGUUUCAAGACCGUGGAGAAACACAUCGACUUGCAGUCGCAAUUAACGAAGAUCACGACCAGGAUCGUGCUGGAGAACGGUAGCAAGGAUAAACACGUGCAAAGUUUCAUUUUUGCAUUGGAACCCGAACAGAGGAGCAGCCUCAGUUACAUAGCGGCAUACCGAGAACCCGUGCGGGUAGAACUGAAGUUGACCGAGGUCAAAAUAAACCAGCAUGCAGACAAAACGUUCUACAAAGUUGAACUGAAGGUCCCACUGCCACCCGGAAGAACCACGUCCGUCGAGGUAGAAUGGAUCAUGGUUCACGAGCUGGUGCCUUACCCGAAGAUGAUCACGCAGAAGGAGAAGCAAUUGGUUAAGUAUACGGGAAACAUUCACCUUUACUCGCCUUAUAAUAUAGCAAAAGAGACGACCACUGUCUCUCUACCAUCACGAAAUAUCGAAAGCUACACUAAAUUCGAACCAGUUUCACAGAGCGAUUCAGUGAUCACUUAUGGCUCUUACGAGAAGAUCCCUCCGUUCUCUUACGAGGAGCUCAGCAUACACUUUGAGAACAAUAAUAAAUUCUUGACCGUCACUAGACUCGAGAGGAGCAUCGAGAUCUCUCACUGGGGUAACAUAGCUGUAGAAGAGCAUAUCGAUCUGCUGCAUACAGGAGCAUUGUUAAAGGGAUCUUUCUCGAGGUAUGAAUUCGCGAGGGAGCCGAAAUCGGGACAAGCCAGUAUCCAGAGCUUCGACACUAUUUUACCCGCGGCUGCCUCUGAUAUUUAUUACCGAGACGAGAUUGGCAACAUCUCGACCUCUCAUACGCGUAUUAAGAAAGACUCCGUGGAGUUGAACCUUCGUCCACGGUUCCCACUAUUCGGUGGCUGGAAGACCAAGUACAUAGUUGGUUACAAUGUUCCCAGUUACGAGUAUCUGUUCCACUCGAACGAUCAGUACACGCUCGAGAUGAGAUUGCUCGAUCACGUCUUCGACGACAUGGUAGUAGACGAGUUAGUCGUAAAGAUUAUUCUACCAGAGGGAUCGAAGAACAUUGAGCUGAUUCUUCCAUAUCCUGCGACGCGUUUACCAGACUCUCUACAUUACACGUAUUUGGACACCGUCGGCCGUCCGGUGAUUUCGAUUACUAAGAAGAACUUGGUCGAGAAUCACAUUCAAAACUUCAGACUGAAAUACACGUUCCCGCGGAUAUUGAUGUUGCAGGAACCGCUGCUCGUAGCUGUGGCACUGUAUCUGUUAUUCUUAUUAGUAAUUACAUAUGUGAGGCUGGACUUCUCGAUCGACAAGGACGAGGCGUCUGAGAGUAAAUUACGGAUCGCUGGACAGUGCGAGAAGAUCUUGGCUGCGCAGGACCGCCGAGUGACUUCUUAUAACGAAUUAGACGAUCAGCUGGCGUAUCUGAAGGCGAACAAGGACGCGAACGCGUUCCUGUCCGUUGUGAAGGGUAUCAAUCAGGAGUACAAAAGUGCGACUAGUGCUAUCGCUGAGAUCGCCCAGCGUUUGAAAAGCGAGUCGGGCGAUGUGUACGAUCGCGUUCAGGAGCUGCAAAAGUACGACAGGACGUUGAAGGAGCUUUACAAUCAGCAACAAGCUUUAUACGUGGACAAACUGGUACCGGGCAAGAUCGGCCGUCAGCAAUUCGUAGAAGCCGAAGCGGCGAUUACGAAGAAGAAAGAGGAGUGCGUUGAGAAGAUCAAUUCGAUAAUAAAGUCAUUGCAGUAAAAAAAUACUUGCAAAGGGUGCCGGAGAACAAGAGACUUUAAACGUAAUUUCCAACAUGUUCCCUACUCUCUCAUGAUGAGUUGAGAUUUUGUAAUUAAAACGAACGAUGUUGUAAUAAAAAUCAUUUCUAAUAAACGUA